AUGCUGCCUUAAUGUUCUGAAAAAAAAAAUAAUAAAAAAUAAAAAUAAUAAACUAAGCGUCCUCCUUAUCAUUAAAAAAUUCCCAAAAAGACUUAAGAUUCUACUUAUAAAUUAUAUCUAUUGCCUUCAGUAACAUUAUUACAUAAAUUAGGAAUUUCCCCUCACCAGUUAUGAUCAUAGAGAAAAACCAACUAAAUUUAAAGCUCUAUUUUAAACAUUAGGGAAAAAUAAUUAUUUUUUAUGA